GCGGCGGCGGCACUCGCCCUGAGGAGCCGGCGGCGGAGCGAGGCGGCGCGCGCCGAAGAUGGCUGAGAAGCAGAAGCACGACGGGCGGGUGAAGAUCGGGCACUACGUGCUGGGCGACACGCUGGGCGUCGGCACCUUCGGCAAAGUGAAGAUUGGAGAACAUCAAUUGACAGGCCAUAAAGUGGCAGUUAAAAUCUUAAAUAGACAGAAGAUUCGCAGUUUAGAUGUUGUUGGAAAAAUAAAACGAGAAAUUCAAAAUCUAAAACUCUUUCGCCAUCCUCAUAUUAUCAAACUAUACCAGGUGAUCAGCACUCCAACAGAUUUUUUUAUGGUAAUGGAAUAUGUGUCUGGCGGUGAAUUAUUUGACUACAUCUGUAAACAUGGACGGGUUGCAGAGGUGGAAGCAAGGCGGCUUUUUCAGCAGAUUCUGUCGGCUGUGGAUUACUGUCAUAGGCAUAUGGUGGUUCAUCGAGACUUGAAACCGGAGAAUGUGCUGUUGGAUGCUCACAUGAAUGCCAAGAUAGCGGAUUUUGGAUUGUCUAAUAUGAUGUCGGAUGGUGAAUUUCUGCGAACUAGUUGUGGAUCUCCCAAUUAUGCAGCACCUGAAGUCAUCUCAGGCAGAUUGUAUGCAGGUCCUGAAGUUGAUAUCUGGAGCUGCGGAGUUAUUUUGUAUGCCCUUCUUUGUGGUACCCUCCCAUUUGAUGAUGAGCACGUACCUACGUUAUUUAAGAAGAUCCGAGGUGGUGUUUUUUAUAUCCCAGAAUAUCUAAAUCGUUCUGUUGCCACUCUCUUGAUGCAUAUGCUGCAGGUUGAUCCCCUGAAACGAGCAACUAUCAAAGAUAUAAGAGAGCAUGAAUGGUUUAAACAAGAUUUGCCCACUUACUUAUUUCCUGAAGACCCCUCCUAUGAUGCUAACGUCAUUGAUGAUGAGGCUGUGAGAGAAGUGUGUGAAAAAUUUGAGUGCACGGAAUCAGAAGUCAUGAACAGUUUGUACAGUGGUGACCCUCAAGACCAGCUUGCAGUGGCUUAUCAUCUUGUCAUUGACAAUCGGAGAAUAAUGAACCAAGCCAGUGAGUUCUACCUCGCCUCUAGCCCCCCAACUGGUUCCUUUAUGGAUGACAGUGCCAUGCAUAUUCCCCCAGGCGUGAAACCUCAUCCGGAGAGGAUGCCACCUCUUAUAGCAGACAGCCCUAAAGCAAGAUGUCCACUGGAUGCACUGAAUACAACUAAGCCCAAAUCUUUAGCUGUGAAAAAAGCCAAGUGGCAUCUUGGAAUCAGAAGUCAAAGCAAACCAUACGACAUUAUGGCUGAAGUCUACCGAGCUAUGAAACAGCUGGAUUUUGAAUGGAAGGUAGUGAAUGCAUACCAUCUUCGUGUAAGAAGAAAAAAUCCAGUGACUGGCAAUUAUGUGAAAAUGAGCUUACAACUUUACCUGGUUGACAACAGAAGCUAUCUUUUGGACUUUAAAAGCAUUGAUGAUGAAGUGGUGGAGCAGAGGUCCGGUUCCUCAACACCUCAGCGUUCCUGUUCUGCAGCUGGCUUACAUAGACCCAGAUCGAGUUUUGAUUCUGUAACAGCAGAGAGUCAUUCACUCUCUGGCUCUCUUUCUGGCUCCUUGACAGGAAGCACACUGUCUUCAGUGUCACCUCGCCUAGGCAGCCACACCAUGGAUUUUUUUGAAAUGUGUGCCAGUCUGAUCACUACUUUAGCCCGUUGAUGUUUCUCUAGUUUGUCUUUGUUAUUGCACUGUGAAAAUCAGAUAUAUUCUUGAAAUUAUUAUUUUAUUUAUGGAUAUCACAUACUCUGGAAUACUGAUUGAGAGUCAUGAAUAUUUCCAAGGGACACUCAAUGCCAUUGAAUUACUGAAAACAAAAAAAGUCUGACAUUUUAUUUACCUGUAGACAUCUGUAAUUCUAUUUGCCUAUGAUAAAUUCAUAGGCAGUACCUUUAAUAGGUUAACGUUAGUGAAGAUUAUUGUUAAUUUAAAAUUGUGAGUUCACUAUAGAUGAUUAAUAUACUCUCACUGGUGAACCGUCUCAUCAAAGGAUAGUUUGGCAAUACCUUUUUGCUUUACUAUUUAAUGUAGGUAAAUCCAGUUUACUUCCUAAAAAGUUCAGCAGGCUUUAAGUUGUGGUUAUGCACCCUGUUCUCUUGCACAAGAAGAUUAAAAAAAUAAUACGGCAGUUAGUAAGAUAGUAUUUAAAUGUUAAAAUCUUAAAGGCUUGUCCUCCAAAUUUCAGAAACUAAGUUCUUCUAGAAGCUUUAGUUUUUGCAAAUACUGCCUAGUGUUUUAACAGAAGGGCUGUGGUCCUGAAACAGGUAACUGGUUUUUCCAGGUUCUUUAAAAACAGCUGUAAUCAGCUAGAGGCUUUGAGAUUUCCUCGAAUAAUAUAUUUAUCUUAAGAGCCUUCAAUGUUCUACUCAGUAUUGGGACAUCUAGAAUUGCAACAACUUUUGUGUUUUUCAUAAACGUUAUCAUUUUUUAAAAAAAUUUAACAUCAUUUUAAAACAUGCCUUCAGAAGUACUUUCCUCAGAUUAUUUUUGGCUCUAUUUAUUUUUGUAUUUCACCAAGCAUGAUAAAAUAGCUAAAUGAAACAAAACAAAAUAUCAGCAGUCCCUUAAGAGAGAACUCUUACCUUUGACUUAAUGUAUGUGGUGGUGGAGAGUUCUGUGUCUGUCCUGUUGUAUCCCACACUGCUCAUUCUUCAUCUGAAGUUCAAAUUUGUUAUAGCAGCCGGUCUCCUCCCCAACCUUCCUACCACCAUUGUCUUUGUUGUUUGAUUCUUAGUGGCUGACCGACUUAGCUUUUACAGCUUUUCUGGGUCCCUUUCUUUGUUCUGUAUCUUGGUUCUAGCCACCCAGUUUGAAACCAUUGUUCUGGCCCUAAGGGCUUUUGUGUAGUUCCAAAGCUUAAUAGGCUCUGACCUUCACUGUUGAGGCUGUUAGGGUAGGGAAGCCUGAAACAUUAAAAAAAACAAAAAAAAAACAAACAAAAAACCAAACCCUCUCUUGAAUAAAUAUGUGUUGUUUACAUAUAUACAUAUAUGUAUUCAGACACCAGUGCUUUUAAAGGAAAACCAAACAGGUUCUUUGUUUUGCCUUGUGCAGGUUUUAUUUUUUAAAGAUUAAAAAGAAACCUGUAUACAGCAGAGUAGAUAAUAGCUCAUUGCUUAUAUUGUUUUAGUGAAAGUAUUUAAUUUUUAAAUUAUGUGUAAUUUAUCUAAUUUGUAUUUAUCUAUUCUUUUGUUUAAUAUGUUGUAAUUAACACUCUCAUUCACCUGAGUUACCCUAGGAAAGAUUAAGCUCUUGAAAACAGGUUUCUCUUUGCCAAAAAUGAUGUUUUCUAUCAAGAAGCAAAUGAAAAUGUUAGGCUAAGUUUCUCUUGUGUUUAUGGAAGAUAAGCAUGUCUGUCUUUAAGUAGUUUUGAGUCAGGAGUUUGCAGUGUGUCACAUCAUAUUGGCUUAUAGAACUUUUUAAAAAUGGUGUUAAGAACUUUUAAAUCUGACUUAAAUUGAAAGGAAUCUUUGCUUGCCAGUUUAGGAAAGAGGGUGGGUUUACAUUAAACUGUUUUAAAUUUAAGCCUUUGAAAGGCUGCCAUCUAGUGGCAACAAAGGGUACUUUUUGUAGUUUUUAUAGGGAAAGCAGUCCUGCUGUUAUUAGUCUGACGUGCAUUAUGCAUAGGGCAUAAUUUUGGCCUCUCCAAAUGUGUAAAUACCUCUUUUGGGAAAAACAGGGCCACCUCAUAACAUUUUCUUGAUUAUGAAUGGGAUGACCUUAGAAAUGAGGAAUUAAUCUGAUGAGUCCUAGCCCCAGUGACAAAAUCCCUAGGAAUUUUGAAGGUGGAGAAACAGUAGCAAGGACUACAGUGGCAUUUUAGCUCUGUAAGUCAGAUAUUAAAAACUUAGUCAUAUAAAAAUUAUUUUAUAUGGAUGUUUAUCACGUUUAUUGAGAAUUAAAAAUAUUUGCUAUUUUCUCAUUCUUGCCAGUAUUUGUGAAUACCUACACUUUGAUGGUUACCUGUUGAAUUUGAGGAGAACCAGGGUUGCAGUUUUGAUUCCUGUAUGCUCAAGUUUUUAAAGUACAGCUACUCUGUGACUCUAGAAGGCGUAGUAAAUUGCUUUGUAUAGAGAAGAUUUCAGGAGGCUCAGUCCAGCCCAACAGGGGCUAGAACACUGUCCUGGGAAGCUCUUGUUGCUAAUAAGCAGGAAGAGGGAAAGAAUCAAUUGCUCAAUUCCCACAUUUCAGUCUUGUAAGCUGGUUGAUUGUAGAUGUGGUAUGUGGUAGUUAGAUCUGGGUGAGAAGAAUUUCCAGUUAAGAUUCUGGAGGAGAGCUUCUAUUAUUAGGUUAUAAAGACUUAAUCACAUCAUGGAAAUGGACUCCAUGUGGUUCUGCAGUAGCACUCUGAAAGUGUUUCCCUUGAGAUGCUCUGCUGAAAAACGAGCCCAUUGAGCAAGUUUGGAAAAUGUCACAGGCCUCUCCUGCCUGAGGAUGGCAAUGGAUUAUGAGCAUUAAGACUUUGAAACGUCCUUCAGUGAAAAAAAAAAAUACCAUUUAACUUUAACCCUGCUUUGCCCAAAGUAAUAUAACUAUCUUUUAAACUUAAUAUCCCAUGGGAAAAGGCAAUUUUGAAAAAUACUUUGUCCCAGGUUGCUAAAAUUAGAGUAGUUAAGAAUAGAAUUAAGAUAUCUUUUUCUCAUCAGUUGUUGGAGAGAAUAUGGUUCAAAAUCAGAAAAAAUUCAUGUUAUUUAACCUGUGGACAAAAUCAUUGAGCAAAUGCUGGACUACAUAGAAUUUUGUGUGUGUGCGAUGUGUUUCAUAGCACCUUGAUCUUCUUAAUCAGGUUGUGGUAUUGUUUAGGAGCAAAAUUUCUUCUGUGCUGUGUUGAACGGAUAGCUAAAAAACCUUAAGAUUAUUUGUAAAAAAAAGGCCUACGAGACUAGUGACUGUUGAUGACCCUGUUGGCAGUGAGUUCAUGACCUUGAUUCUCCCUUUCAAAAUGUGUAGUCAGUGAACAUUCUCUAAAUGCUUUUAUAUAGGACACCAUAUUUAGAUCUAAUUCCUGAUAUCUUUAAAUGUAGGAAUCAGAUAACAUCUUUCAUUGAGUAGGGAGAUAGGCAAACUAUUUCAAGUGGGUUUUUGUUUUGAAACAACAAACUUUUGAAAUACUUUUGUAAUCUCAAGUGUUCACAUUCCUUAAUACUAGUCCUCUAUAAGAAAAAUCUAGGAGCCUAAAUUAAUCAGAAGUAAUGGUAUUUCUGUGUCAGGGAAUUGGGUUUAUGUAGUCCAGACAAUUCUCCAUUUUCUGCAAAUAGGGUUCCCAUAACAGUUACAUAAUUGUGGGCUUGCUUUUUCUUAUUCUCUAGCCAGUUUGUACUCAGGGAACAUAAAUUGGUUUUUUAUAUUAGAUGAGACAUAACUGAGAAAAUAAUCAUAGAAAAUGGUUACAGGUAUUUUGACUAUUUGAAUUCAUUACUUCUAUUGUGCAGUUUACUCAGUUAAGCACUGUACAGAUAAGCACUGUAUCUUCCAUUUAUAAAAUAUGGAUAAAUGGAUAAAAUAUAAAAAGCGUAGACCGUGCCUACCACAGACACUGUAUCGUUGUCUAUUCACUGGUUACGAAUUUAAAUCCUGGUAAUGGCUGUGAAACCUCAAUAUCUAAAUGCUAAACAUCUUCACAGUUUUGUCCAUCUUUGUUUUUAAAGAUCUCCACCUUUUCAGUCUGGUAUUACUUUACCUGGUCAUUCUGUGACUUUUUAAAUAGGGAAUGUAACUUAAUAAUUCUCAGAGGCUCUAUUAGGAACUCUGGAUAAGGGAUAUGUGCAAUCUGUUAGUAAGUCACACCUAUGUUGGGCCUCAGUCUGUAACCUCUAAAGUGGGAGGAAUAGACUAAAAGGCCUCUGAGGUACCUUUGAGCUUUAAAGUUCUGUCUUUGCCUUUUUUUAUGUGAUUUGUGUUAGUGUUCACUUUUUACAUAUUUAGAAAUUUUAUAGUGUGAAUGUUCUGUAUUUGUUCGGUGAGGUAUUUUAAAGGCAAAUACUUGAAAAAAUUUUAAUACAGCUGCCCUCGGGAUUACAAAUGGCAAAAAUCAUCCAGAAAACCAAACAUGUUAAAACAUCAUGUGUACCUAGCGUAGGCAAAAUAGUACUAAUUUGAAGUGUGGGAAGUGUUUGGUACAUUUUUAUAGUGACUUUUAGAUUCUGAGACCAUGUCUAUUAACUUAUUUAUUAAUACCUUACAGCAACCUUGUGAGGUAACCAUUUUCCAGAUGAGGAAGCAGGACCACAGAGCUCUUCACAAAGCUUUAAUGCCAUACAAGUUUUGAGCGAUGAUCACUGCUGUUUCUUUGCCACUUACCUCCAGGGGAGAACAGUCUGACUCACUGAAACAUCUGAGUAGCCGAGUCAUAGAUAAAUACAGAUCUAUAUUGCUUUCGAGUCUUAGAGUGACAUAAAAUAGUCUUAAUUGAAUAUUUCUUAAAUUAUUUGAACUGGUUGAUUGUACUAAUACAAUUACCUGAAGCAUUUAUGAUUAGCAUAUUGAUAUUUUAAAAUACUUCUGAGUUAUUGAGGGUGCUUCCAAAACACUGAAGAAACUUUUAGGCAUGAAUCUUUAAUUUUAUUUAGAGGAUUCUUGUAGCACAAUCUUUAUAAAAAGUAAAAGUAGCUCCAGCCCCUAACUUAAAUUAUCAUAGGUUUUGACUGUUAUCUGAAUUAGGCUUACCUAAAUUUCAUAUACAGAUUGAUAAUUUUUCAUUUUGUAUGUGUAUUUAGGUGAUAAACACUAUUUUCAUAGAGGCUGUUUAUAUUCACAAACUACCUAAUUAUUGGCUUGAUAUUCUCCCAAAUCUU